AUGACCUCGACACCCGCCGCCCUGUGCCUACCUGCUGCAUCUGUCCUCGUCGACGACGUGGACGAGGAGCUCUUCCUCGUAUACACGCGCAAGAUCCAACUGGCUUCGUCGAGCAACGACGAGUCGACGGCGGCCAACACGAGCGCUCUCGGCUACCUCGAGGGCAAGGACGGCGUCGUCCACGUCGCCCUCACGGUCAAGGCGCCUGCUGCGACCGAGGCGCAGACCUCGAGGACGGGCGCGCGCAGGAGAGCGAUCAAGAGCAAGUCCAAGGAGAGCCAGGAGCUCGUCGUCGAGGUCGAGGUGCAUCAGGCGUUGGACGCGCUGCGGCAUCGCAAGGGCGACACGGGAUCUGUGCUCUGGCGCUCGAGCCUGCACCUCGCGGAAUAUCUUCUGCAGGCGCACCACUUCCCCUCGAUGUCGAACCCGCCACUCUUCCCCUCCCUCGCCUCCUCGACCAUCCUCGAACUCGGCGCCGGCACCGGCUUCCUCGGCCUCGCUCUGCGUUCCAUCUGGGGCGACAGCGGUCGAUGGGUCUUCAGUGACCUGCUCGACAACCUGCUGCUCGUCGUGCGCAACCUCAAGGCCAACGACGUGCUGCCCUCGAGCUCGAGCGGCUCGAGCGCGUCUUCCUUAGCCGGACCGCCCGGCCGCACCGCGUCAAGGCGGCCCGGCGCGCGGCCUGCAGGAGCCUCGAACCCGCGAGUCGACGUCGUCGAGCUCGACUGGCUCGUCGAGGCCGCAGCCUGGGACGCCCGCCCUGGCUCGCUCUUUCCCCCCUCCUCUCCCUCGUCCUCGAUCGGCGCAACCGCCGCCGCAUCGCCCUCGAGCCCCCUCGACCAUCCUCCCGACCUCAUCCUCGCCGCCGACUGCGUCUACAACCCCUGCCUCUCAGCGCCCUUCGCCAAGACGCUCCUGCGGCACGCCGGACCCGACACGGUCGUCCUCGUCGCGUGCGAGCUGCGCGACCAAGAGCCGAUCGACGAGUUCUUGCGGGCGUGGGUCACGCUCGGGGAGAGGGACGGGUGGAGGGUUGCGAGGCUCGGGUGGAGCGAGGAGAAGGGGGACGGCGCGAGGGACGAGGUCGAGGGGAUCAAGCGGGGCGAGUUUGCCGUGUGGGUCGGGUGGCGAGUGAGCGACGACGAGGAUGCAACGUGAUGGUCACUCGAC